CAUGUCAGAGGUUUACAACCACUUCAACCGCCUCCCGUCCACCAUAUAACAGGGGACACUGAUGAUAAGUGUGCCCUGAUGAUCAGUGUAGCCCCAGCAGUGCCUGUCAGUGUCCAUCAGUGCCAGCUGUCAGUGCUCAUCAAUGCCACCUGCCAGUGCCCAUCAGUGCCUACCAGUGCACAUCAAUGCCACAUAUCAGUGCCCAUCUGAGCUGCCUUUCAGUGUUACCCCCAGUGCCAGUCAGUGCCACCUAUCAAUGCCAGUCAGUGCCGCCUAACAGUGCCAGUCAGUGCCGCCUAACAGUGCCAUAUAUGAGUG